AGGGAAGUCCUCCAACAAGGCUGCACCAUGACACCUUCUCGGGUCUCCUUCCACAUCAGAGGGGCAACAGAGCAAGGGGAAGUCAUUGCACUGUGUGGGAGCAGUGAAGUUCUGGGUGCCUGGAAGCCGCAUAAUGCUGUCAUCCUACAGCCUGACCCCAAUGAUUGUACGGCCUGGAGAACAAAUGUUACACUCCCCAAAGGAACUGAAGUACAAUAUCGAUACUUCAAGGGCUUCUUUCUGGAACCAACGAACACCGGCGGUCCAUGCCAAGUCAUAGUUCACAAGUGGGAGACCCAUCUACAGCCACGAUCAAUAAAUCCUUUAGAUAAUGAAACUUGCAUAGAUGAUGGAGAUUUUGGACUUCACAAUGGUGUUGAAACAGUGGAUUCCGGAUGGCUGACAUGUCAGACUGAGCUUAGAUUACGUCUACAUUUUUCUGAAAAGCAACCUGUUUCUAUAUCCAAGAAAAAAUUGAAAAAGUCUAGGUUUAGGGUGAAGCUGUCACUGGGUGGCCUUGAAGAAGAGGGUGAAGAGGAAGAUCAGGAUAAGCCCUCCCCUAUUUUUCUUCCAAAGAUGGCUAGCACGUUUGAUAUCUCUUUAAUAAGCAACACAGAAUACAAAUCUCGGCAUUCCCAGCCAGAAUGUGGUUAUGCUCUCCAGCAGGACAGAUGGACAGAGUUCAGUAUACACACCAUGGAACCAGACAACUUGGAGUUACUGUUCGACUUUUUCGAAGAAGAUUUGAGUGAAGCUGUGGUGCAAGGUGACGCACUCCCAGGUCAUGUGGGCACUGCUUGUCUGCUGUCGUCCUCCAUCAUGGAGACAGGGGAAAAGCAACGGUAUCCUUACACUCCCAAUCAUGAGCAGGAACGGCAGACAGGCUCUUGGAAAAGUUCGAGUUGACUAUAUUCUCAUAAAGCCAAUAGAUGGUUAUUCCUGUGACGUGCGAAGCUCUUUCUGCAAGUAUUGGAAGCCAAGGACUCCACUUGAUGUCGGACACAGAGGAGCCGGCAACUCCACCACGACUAAAAAAAUGGCCAAAAUUCGAGAAAACACAAUCGCAUCAUUAAAGAGUGCCGCCAAUCAUGGUGCAGCUUAUGUUGAGUUUGAUGUCCAUCUGUCCAAAGACCAUGUCCCAGUGAUAUAUCAUGACCUCACAUGCUGUAUAUCUAUGAAAAAGAAAGCUAAUGCUACAUCUCUGGAGCUGUUUGAGAUCCCAGUGAAGGAGCUCACCUAUGAUCAGCUUCAACUCCUAAAGCUGGCACACGUGAAUGCGCUUAAAUUACAGGAUCAUCAUGAUUCUGUAGAUGAAGAAUGUUCUGUAUCGGACAACCAGCCUUUUCCUUCCCUUCAAACGGUGCUGGAAGGCGUGCCUGAAGAUGUUGGGUUCAAUAUUGAAAUCAAAUGGAUCUGCCAGGAAAAAAGUGGUAAAUGGGAUGGUAAUUUAUCUAGCUACUUUGACAUGAAUAUCUUCUUGGAUAUCAUUCUGAAGACUGUCCUGGAAAAUGCUGGCAAUCGAAGAAUUGUGUUCUCUUGUUUUGAUGCAGAUAUUUGCACAAUGGUCCGUCUCAAACAAAAUAAAUAUCCCAUCCUUUUUCUGACACAAGGCCAAUCCGAAAUCUAUCCAGAGCUCAUGGAUUUGAGAUCCCGAACAACUCCAUUUGCGAUAAGCUUUGCUCAGUUUGAAAAUAUUCUGGGAAUAAAUGUCCACACUGAAGAUCUGCUGAAAAAUCCACAUUAUAUACACGAGGCUAAAUCAAAAGGUCUGGUUGUGUUCUGCUGGGGCGAUGAUACCAAUGACCCUGAUAACCGGAAGCUGAUGAGAGAUUAUGGAAUCGAUGGACUUAUCUAUGACAGAAUUUACGACUCGAAUCCUGAACAGCCCAACAUAUUCCAAGUUGAACAAAUGGAGCGUCUUAAGAAGGGCUUACCCGAGGAAAUGCUCAGGAGCUGCUUGUGCUCCGUUGACCAAUACGUGUGCAAGUCAACCCACUGCUCCAGCAGCCGUGUUUGCAUGAACACCAAUGGCGUCGCCGACCUCAAACCAGUUUAA